CUCGCAACAAGUCUAAAGGAUCCUCUCUCUCUCUCUCUCUCUCUCUCUCUCUCUGAGAGGAUCAGAAAGAGCAAAACUAAUGCAAGUGGGCAACAGGAAAUAGCCCAAACUCUCUCUUUCUUUUCACAAAGCAUAUUAUAUAUACUGUCAAUAUGUAUUGGAGACGGCCCUAACUUUCCCAAGAAAACAAAGAUCGAGAAUGCCUUCAUCGCUCCAACUCCGAAGAACCAACCCCGCCACCGUCAACCGCCCCAAACACUCCCAAACUACGAACCACCCGGUCGUCCCCGUACCCGACGCGGUGGCUCGCUACCACACCCACACGGUCGCGCCCAAGCAGUGCUGCUCGGCCGUCGUGCAGAACAUCGACGCGCCCGUCUCGACUGUCUGGUCCGUGGUGCGCCGCUUCGACAACCCGCAGGCCUACAAGCACUUCCUCAAGAGCUGCCAAGUCAUCGAUGGCGACGGGAACGUGGGUACGCUCCGGGAGGUCCACGUGGUGUCCGGGCUCCCCGCCGAGUCGAGCACCGAGCGCCUCGAGAUCCUCGACGACGAUCGCCACGUAAUCAGCUUCAGCGUUGUCGGUGGGGACCACCGCCUCCGCAAUUACAGGUCCGUCACCACCCUCCACGCCGCCUCGUCCGGCGGAACCGGUACGGUCGUGGUAGAGUCCUACGUGGUCGACGUUCCUCCCGGUAACACCAAGGAAGAGACGUGCGUGUUUGUGGACACGAUAGUACGUUGCAAUUUACAGUCUUUGGCUCAGAUCGCCGAGAACAUGGCUAAAGAGUAACAAAGAAACGAUAUUGGUCGUGAAUGAUUCUUUUCUUCUUUCCGUUUCUGAUAUGGGUCCGAUCGGCUGUCAUGGCCGGAUCAUUGAGAUCGAUCCAUAUUAUGGGAAAUUAAUUCGUAGAGUGUUGGGUUUUUCUGAAGGCUCUUUCAGAAUCUCAGAUCGAUGGCAAUGGUUGGAGGUGAUAAUAACCUUCUGUUCUGAAGACACUUGCUUGCUCGAUCCAACGUUAGCUUAUAGAAUAUCACAGGUGUAUUUUUUUAUGUUUUAUGUAUAUUCACGUCUCUUAAUUUCUUUGUGUGUGUGUGUUUUGGUCAUUUUUGUGUAUGUAAUUUUGAAAGUGGUACGUACUAUAUAUAUAUAUAUAUAUAUACUCAUUGUGAA